AUGACAAAUAUCAUGGAGCUUCCAGUAGGAUCCUGGGAUUGUCAUCUACACGUAUUCGACCCGACACGAUUUCCCUUCAGACCUGAUAGAGCAUACACGCCAAGCCCAGCCACUGCGGAGGACCUCAUUGCUAACACGAGGAGCAAAGGCUUACUCCUCGUCCAGGCUAGCCCCGAAGACGGCCAUCAUGGCUUGCUAACACAGCUGCGUGAGGCUACUGAGAAAUAUCCUGCAAAACAUUUCCGCGCCUCAAUCAUCACGGAAGACGUCGUCGGCCACGACAUUUGUGGCCUCGACAAAGAGUCCAUUGACGCCAUGCAUGAUUGGGGCGUCCGAAGUAUACGGCUCCAGGGCAGCUUUGGGAGCUUUGGGUCUCAGCUUGAUCGUCUAAAAGAAUACUUGAACUCGUUGGCUAGAUCAUACGCUGUUCAGGGUCGAGGCUGGGUCAUCUCCAUGCAAAUGCCGCUAUCGGUAUGGGCUAACCUCGGGGACGUGGACUUUGGCUCCGCUAUCGUUGUUGCUGAGCAUGGUGCUUGCGCUACUCCCAAAGACGUGGAUAGUCACGAAUUCAAGACCUUCCUCGACUUGCUGCACACUGGCAGGUUCCAUGUCAAGAUAUCGGCUUUGCACCGAAGGUCGCCGGACAACUUCCGGAAUAUGAAGGGCGUAGUCCAAGCUUUCGCUAACACGGCGCCAGACAGGCUUCUGUGGGGAAGCGACUGGCCACACGUCGACACCAGGAGAGGAGGACUCGAGCCGACGCCAAACAAUCCGGACGCAAAGUGGGAUGAGGAGCUGAAAGCCAUUCAGUCGUGGCUGACGGACGAGCAGUAUCUGCAGAUGAUGGUGUCGAAUCCAUCGCGCUUGUUCUUGUGA